AUGCAAGACGAAGAUCUUUUAAACAUCAGUAAAAAAGAAGGUCCUGCAGCAGCCAAGGACAAGAUAAAUCCUGCUAAGAAGAGGGACAAGAAACCCAGCAAUCCUGAAGACGCCAAGGAUCCUGCUAAGACGAAGGACAGGAAGAGGCCCAGAGACGAAGAAGAGGAUCGAGUUUCUAAAAAGGCCAAGAGAGAUCCUGAAGACGCCAAGGAUCCUGCUAAGACGAAGGACAGGAAGAGGCCCAAAGACGCAGAAGAGGAUCGAGUUUCUAAAAAGGCCAAGAGAGAUCCUGAAGACGCCAAGGAUCCUGCUAAGACGAAGGACAGGAAGAGGCCCAAAGAUGAAGAAGAGGAUCGAGUUUCUAAAAAGGCCAAGAGAGAUCCUGAAGACGCCAAGGAUCCUGCUAAGACGAAGGACAGGAAGAAGGCCAAAGACGAAGAAGAGAAUCGAGUUUCUAAAAAGGCCAAGAGAGAUCCUGAAGACGCCAAGGAUCCUGCUAAGACGAAGGACAGGAAGAAGGCCAAAGACGAAGAAGAGAAUCGAGUUUCUAAAAAGGCCAAGAGAGAUCCUGAAGACGCCAAGGAUCCUGCUAAGACGAAGGACAGGAAGAAGGCCAAAGACGAAGAAGAGAAUCGAGUUUCUAAAAAGGCCAAGAGAGAUCCUGAAGACGUACAUAAAGGCGCCAAGGAUCCUGCUAAGACGCAAAAGGUUUCUAAGACGCUGCAGGUGCGGCUGCAUACAGCCCAGGACAUGGCAUGGCGUCUCGCACGCCGAGAGGGCGAGGCGCAGGGCGGCAGCCUCCUGCGGGGAUCCAGAGCCAACGGGACCACGUGUGGCCCACGACGCAAGGCGGGAGGGAACUACGUCAUCGCUCAGCCCUCGGAGCUCAGUGACGCCAGCUCUCCUCGCGGGAGUGUACUUGAGCACCUUCAGUACAUGUAA